AUGUUGUUCUCAACCACUAGUCUUCUCCUAAUCGGCAGCUUCCUCCAGGGAGCCGUAUCAGCAGCCCGCAUCUUGCCUCGCGACGGACCGUCUCCAGCGUUGCCUUUUGCGGACGACACUACCAAGUACUGUAGUUGGUGGCUUGACUACGAGUCUGUCGGGUCUUGUGUAGAUAUGCUUGAGGCCAACUAUAUCAACCUCGAGGAGUUUCGUCGAUGGAACCCUUCUGUAAACGCGGCCUGUGGCAACCUGGCUGUCGGAAAGUCGUACUGUAUUGAGACCACCGAUGAGCCAGCAGCCUCGGCUCCAGCUUCGGCUUCGAGCUCUGCUGCUUUAACCUCUGCUUCAUCUCUACGAUCGUCAGUUGGUAACAAUGGCAUAGAGACCCCUCUGCCAACCCAGCCAGGCAUGGUUUCCAACUGUGCAGGCUUCCACUACAUCGGCCCAAACACUGUCUGUAGCCAGGUUCUCAGCUACCAGAAGAUCUCAGUCGGUGAUCUCUACCGAUGGAAUCCGUCGGUCAACGCCGAUUGCACGGGCCUGCAGAAAAUGGUGAACGUAUGCGUCCGCGUAAUUGGCGCCACAACAACUACACCCAAGCCCAGCACCACCAUCACCUCGGGAAACGGAAUUCAAACCCCUCAGCCGACGCAGCCAGGCAUGGUCGCAAACUGCAACAAGUUCCACUUCAUCAACCAGGGAGUAGUGUGCACCCAGGUGACCAGCUAUCAGAAGAUUACUCGCGAAGAUUUUGUUAAAUGGAAUCCCACCGUGAAAGAUGAUUGCUCCGGCAUGUGGGCAGAUGUCAAUGUUUGCGUUGGCGUCAUCGGAGGAGGAUUGUCGCCAACACCUACCACGAGCGCAGGCAACGGCAUUCAGACACCGCAGCCCACGCAACCCGGCAUGAUUUUAAGUUGCAAGAAGUUUCAUUAUGCGGCCGCAGGCGUUGUCUGCAGCCAGCUUACCAGCUACAACAUGAUUAGCCUGGCUGACUUUGUGAAAUGGAACCCAGGAGUUGGAAGCGACUGCAGGACGAUGUGGGCGAACACAUUCUUCUGUGUUGGUGUUUGA